UUCGUGUUCGCGAAGUAAUGAAUUUAAACUAUAAAGUCUUUCCGAAAAAAGAAAAUAGUCUUAUAUAUGAAAAAAAGACUUUUGUUUGAUAUAUUUUAUAUUGAAUAUAUAUUUUUUAAGUAAUACGCGUAAUUUUGUUACUGGACAUUUGAUAAAUUUUUGCGUCGCAAUAAUAAAUUCUGAGAAACGGAGUAUAGAGAUAGUAAACAGAAUUCUAUGAGUAAAAUAAUUUAUAUGAGGUGUAUUGUGAUUUGCUUUUCUGCUGUAAGAAGUAAACUAAUGAGUGUUUAUGUGGUGUAGCGGCAUCAGAUUCUCAGAAUAAGACGUAUAUUUAUCAACAUUUCGUUGGUGAGAAAUCUCCUGAGUGGGGAACGUGGAAGAAGAUAAUGUAGUUCAGGGAAGUUUGAAAUCAGACGAAAUGUUGCCGCUGAAGGAAUACUGUUCGACUUUUACAUUUCACUCUGCUGAAGAAAUAAUCCUGUGCAGGAAAUCCAUCAACUUGGCGGAUACGAGGAAAAGCAGAGAAAGUAGAGAAAUAGACAAAUAUCAAUUGUCGGGAAGAAGUUGAAAGCCAUCUUGAAAUGUUUCCAUACUUCCUAUAUAAGCUAUAAUUUUAAUCUUCAUCAUCACCAUUGUUUUGGAUAAAUCGUGGAAGCUGUAAAAUAUUGAAUCAACAAAAGACUGACUGCCUAGAGAAAAGAAGCGAUGGAUAAAAAGAAAAAAAACAAUUUCUCUGAGUUGACUUAAAAAGGAGAAUCUGAAUGAACCAACAAAAAAAAAACAAAAGACAAUUGCACAUAAAACUUUCAUCGUUUUUACUUAACUAGCAUCAAAACGAACUCCUAUAAAAUAAAAUAGUUUUUUUUUAGAUACACGGAAUUCGUAGCAGCUUUCUCUACAGUAUGAACCCAAACUCGAUGAGUGUCUCCCCUAAGAAUAGUCGGGGAGACUGGAAAAAAUAUUCAUAACGCGAUUGCAGUAGCUGCGGACGUGCUAGGAAAGAAUAAAAAAGAUUUGAGUGUCCAAGGCUUUCCAACUAGAUUGUUCUGGUCGUUGAAAAACAACGAAAUUGAAGAGUGGAUUCAUUACAACAUGCAAAUGAUAUGGAAGGCAGUCAUGAUAAUGUUAAUAAUUGGCAUAAUAGUGAGAUGAGAAAUCUCUCACGAUAAUUUUCGGAAACGAUAUAAUCGUAACGAUUAUCGUUGCGCGCAAACCGCGAAACGUCAUCAGUCUCCGUCCAACGGUAUAAACGAUUCGCGCGUAAAGCAGAAUGAAUUAUUCACCGUGGAUCGGCACAACGGGGCGUCGGUGGAUGUCCGUCCGGUGACAAAGUAUCACGAUUUACGUUUAAUCGCGAUUUGCAAGUUGCCCCUCCACAAAGUGUACGCGACGUCCAUCUCAUGUGGUACGUAACCGUGUGUCAAGUGCAUCAUUUUUAAUUAACUUAUUACACUUAAACAGUCGUCAUAUAACUAGAUACAUGAAUUCUCUUCUCAAACUACCUCACUGUAGACUUCACCAUCAAAUUACUCUUAAAAUCCAACUAAUUCUGGGAACAUUUAAUGUGUAAAUAUAGUGAAAAAUUUGAGAUUAAUUAAUAAUAAACAUUCCCUAAAUAAAUAAAUCUCAGUGAAUAAAUAAAUGAAUUCCUGCUGUACAAUAAAUGCAAGGAAUUAUAAUUUGUGAUGUUCGUGGGCGUUCAGAUCGAUACUGGAUGUUAAAAACUAAGGAGAAACAGGACGAGAGAUCUUUAAGAUCGUAGGAGAAGAUAGAAGAAUAGUUAAGAGGACGAAGAAGAAGAAGGAUGGAUAAGGACCGUCACUACAGGACUUAUGACGGCUUUAAGGCUGCAAACAACGGUAAUACAUCGUCUUUGAAGCGUUUACGAGAGUCUUCUAAGCCUCAAUCUACGCAAAUCGGUUGUCUUUGCUUCGGAGGAGUACCCGAUUUUGCCAGCCGCCACUCUUUCCUCAAAGGUUUCAUCAUAAACCUUUGUAUAUGUGCGGCUCUCGUUACAUACACUAUCGUUGGCAGUUUCAUUUUCCUUAAUAUUGAAGGUGAUGUUGAUGGAGGUCUUCAUCAAAAGAGUCUUCCAACUAUCUCGAAAGAAAAUCGGCACAACACCACUGAUUGGAUAAAUAAGGUGCUGAAAAAUACACGACUGGAAACUGUGCAACGUCUUUGGCAAAUCACUGACAAAUUUAACGUGCUAUAUCCAGACAAUUGGACACGCAUGACUGAGCAAGAAAUAUCACGUUUUCAAGAAAACUUAGUGAAGACGUUAACCGAGGGUAUGCAAGCGAAUCAUCCUACCAAUACACACAAAUCGUCCAACAAUGAUGAUCCAACUGAGCGUAAACUCUACGAGUACGAGUGGAAUUUUGCGAAGGCCUUUCUAUAUUCGCUUACAGUGGUUACGACCGUUGGUUUUGGAAGAGUUGCACCAAAAUCAAAUUGGGGAAAAAUAGCCACGAUGAUAUAUGCCUUUAUAGGAAUUCCUUUGACACUAGUAUAUUUGUCGAGUGCAGGUGGAUUGCUAUCACGUUGUGCUAGAGGUGUUUUUACACGAGCUUGCUGCUGUUGUUUGUGUUCAAAAUGCGGUUACUGUUGCUAUGAUGAAAGAAGAAUGCAGGAAAAAGAAAGAAGAAUGAGAAGGAAACGUCAACAAGAAGAAAUGAAUCAACAACAACAGCAGCAGUUCGUACAAGGGGCAUUUUAUCUCCGGGAUAAUACUUCAACCUUUCCCAGUUCUGUAGAGAUCAAAACUAGUCCAAAAGACGAAGUAUCAAGUUUAGGUUCUGGGGAUAGGCCCAAUGUUACUAUCAUCGCGCCUGUUGGCAUCUGCUUCGGAGUGAUGUCGUGCUACAUCAUUGCUGGAGCCUUUACUUUGUACAGAUUAGAAGGCUGGGAUAUGAUGGAUGCUAGCUACUUCUGUUUCAUGAGCUUGACCACAAUCGGUUUCGGCGACAUGGCUCCUGGCUUAUACUAUCAGAACAACAUGAGUAGUUGGAGGAAUAUUACAUUAUGGUUUUGUUCAUGCUACAUAAUAAUAGGAAUGGCUUUGACUGCCAUGUGCUUCAACAUAAUUGAAGAUGAAAUAGUACAUCGGUUUUUCCUUAAAAAUGAAAAACAAGAAUCGGUAAAACCAAGCGCCAGCGUCGAUGAACUUACAUCUGAACCAUUCCCACUGACAUCGUGACAAUUUCCAUCAAGUAACUGUAGUCAUAGAAAUGCAGUCGAAGAAACGUUAUGUAAUGAACAACCUGGUAGUAUAUUUACUCAUGAAAAUGAAAUGAAUAUUUUAAAAGACUCAUAUAAUCAAGUUGACGUUACGCGAGAUUGUAAGUCUGCUAUUAAACUUGAAGAUCAUCAUCAUCAUCAUAUUAAUAAAUCUAUAUCCGCAGUUUAUACACUUCCGGAGGUGGAGGAAGAAGCUGAGGAGAACACUGAGAUGUAAUUUUAUCUCCUUAAUUUAUUUCCCAUUUCAUGAUGAUGUGUCAUUAAAAAGCACAUCUAUUCUGUAUUAUUUAAUGAUAAAAAACUAAUUAGAAAAUGCUAAACGUUUCUCAUCUGUUCGUAAAUAAGACAAAAUAUUCACAAAUAUUUGAAAUUAUUAAUUACAGUUCGAUCAGCCAUGAAAAUAAGCUCAGGAUACUCCAGUUUUUUAUAUCAUUUCUUCAUGAGAUAACACACGUGAUGAUUUUAUUUUUUAUUGGUCUGGUUACCUUAAAAAUUUAAAAAAAAACAAAAAAAUUAAAUUAUCUAAUGUUUAUACUUGUCUAUAGUUAAGGAUACAAAAUUUUUUUAAUAUUUGUUUAUCUAAUACAUUUUUAGAUAUAAAAAUAAAAGAAAAUUAAAUAUGAUCUCGUAUGAUGUAAUAUAUUUGAAGAAAUUGUCGAGUAUUAUGAACAAAGUUUAUUCACCUUUAAUCGAAACUGCCGAAUAAAUUAAUAAGGGUUCUUAUUGAAAAUGAGGAUCUUAUGAUCUUAUGCUCAAGAACAAUAAUUAAAUUAAUGUUAAAAAUUCACCAAAAAUAAAUAAAUAAAACUGUAAGAAUGUUACAUUUAGAAUGUAAAGUCAGCUUGUAUUUGAAUAUUAAUGAUUAAAUGAUUACCAAAAGUUAAUUUAUAAUUCAUAAAUAAAUAGUCCAAGUUUAAAUAUUAGGACGACCUUUGCAUGACUGUAGAGUGGCAAAUUUACUUUAAAGCAUAUUUUUCUUUGAUAUUUUUUAAAUUCACGAGAAAUUUAAUGUCAAUUCGUGCAGAGGACAUCCUAUAUUAUUAAAUACAUUCUAAUAAAAUUCCGUGGAAUUGAAUGUGUCCUUUUUCUUAGUUUUUAACAUAUCAUAAAAUAAGAUUGACUGGUGUAAGUGAGUGAUUUUACUAUUAAAAAAACAUCGAGUUUGAUUUAAUUUAAAUUCACUAUAAAAUUUAUCCAUAUAUUUCUAAUCACUUUCCGAUAAUUUGAUGUUUCUUUGCAUCCAUGAGUUUCUGACCCAGGUACAAUGCACGAGACUCUCUGUAUCGGAAAAAGUUAUCUGAUCAUAAUUAAAUUACAAUAAAAUAAUUUCAAAGAUAAACCAAGAAACAUUUCAAGAGGCAGUUAGAUUUGAGUCAUAAUUGUUCACGCCAAGGUUAGAAGAACUAAGUAACAUUCGAGCAAUUAAAAAUGUUCUAGUUGAAGAUUGAAAAAAGAAAACAAAAUAAGGGACACACUUUUAAUCUGAAAGAGAUUUACUCAGCGAGAAAAUUGAAGAAUGAAGACUAGAAAUGGAGUAAAAAAUAUAUAAUGCACACUUCAUUAAAGCUCUAUAAGAAUUCCCUGUGCGGACUCGAGUCAUUCCUUGUGACGAUGUUGACUCUUUCUUCUAUCUUUUUACAUCCUUCUCUUUCUCUGUCUUUCUUUCUUAUUCCACUAUUCUCUGCAAAAUUUCCUUCUUUCUAUUCCUCAUUUUGCAGAACUCCAGCUUUGCUCCAGAUCCCCAGGGAAAUAUCAUGGAAUCGUGCGACCGGGACAUUGCGGAGUGUUCGAAACUUUAGCCAAGCGAUCAUGAACAAAAAAAAUACCAAUGAAAGUCGAGUACCUUGGGAGUUAUUUUUCUCGAUGCAGCCAAAGUAAUCAAAAUCUCUUCCCAAUUUUUUUUUUCAUGCAAAUAUCAUAUUUUCCAUAAGAGAGUCGAUGAUAGUUAAAGACUACUUUUCAAUAAAAAUGACAUGUAUGUAUUCUACAAGUGAGUUUUGUAGUAAAUUUUCAUCUAAUACUUGUUCAAAAUGUUUACAAGGUUUCUCAUCGCUAAUUGCUAAAUGAAUAAGUUCCUUUAUUCGAUGUUGACGACAGUGAAAAUGAAUUCAGACCAAAGUCUAAUAAACGUAAAAAGCUAAAUGUAGUUUGACAUAAAAUUUUAUUUGAUAUUAUCACGAGGUUGAGCUGUUGAGUGUGACUUUAAUUUUACUGCGUAACUGAUGCAUUACCAAAUCGUUAAAUUGACUGAUUGCAUGUUACAAUAUCAAUUCACUCAUGAUGUGAAGUAAAUGUGAUUAUGCGGUGAGUUUCACAGAGGUCAAAACAAAUCUAUUCACUGUUAGAUGUUUUUACAAAUUAAUAGUUUCAUUCAAAUAAAUUAAAUAAAAAUAUAAUAUAAAAGAGAAUCGAGUUGACUUAUUAAAACUCGCUAAUUCAUUGAAAAAGUUAUUUUAUUUUUAAUGGAGGAGUUUUAAUAAGUUAUUAUUGUCUUGUAUAUACAGAAAUAUAAAAAUACUUUGUACAGUAAAGUCAAUGAUAAAUUUAUUAAAUAUUAACAUUAAUAUACAUAUAGUCCAUGUAAAUAAACACAAAUGUCUGAUGCAUCUUUAGACUGAGUUUAAGUAUGCUAUGGAAAAUACUAAAAAAAAUUAAAAUGUGAAAAGUGAAGUCAUAAGACCACUGUAUUCAUCAUCGUAACAAUAACUAUAAUUCCUAGAGAAUUCAAAGUAUGUAUUUAAUAAAUCGAUUUAUGAAUCAUUUUCUGAAAAUCGAACUUUGAUAAAAAAAAGAACACUUAUAAUGUUACUUGUCGUUUCUAAAUAAUUUUUGUAA